CCUCACCCGUUGUUUUCUUGGUUUUGUUUCAAUUACAGCAUUACAGCAACACAACAGCCCUCUCUGCCCCAACACACAGUCACCUACUCCCAUGGGCCACUGCACUUUGUGUGUCCCUUCACUGACUACUCAGAGCGUUAUUAUAUAGGAGAUUCCCUGGAGAUCUGUAUGCCAGACACUGGGCUAAGCCUUCCGUGAGGUAUUACAGGUCUGUACACGGGGAGGCUGAGUGGGUUUUGGAAUUCAAAAUGGCUCUGAUUUUAGAAAGGAAAUAGGGUGCAUUUAUAGGUGACACCACCAGUGGGUCUGUGCCAUAAUCAAACAUUAAUGUUUCUGUCAAGAAAUAUAUGAAUAUUCACAAGAAGAGGGGAAAAUAGACCAUCAGAUUUUUCUGCUAGGUGAGUUUUGCGUGUGGAUUUCCAGUUGUCCCAGCACCACUGUUGAGAAGACUCCCCUUUCCCACUGAAUUGUUCUGGCACCCGUGUCAAGAUCAACUGAGGUGCUCGUUGCUCCCACGGUCUCCAUGUUUAGAGCAGAACGUGUGUGUAGAAUAAACACGGAUCUAUUCUGCAGCCUCUCUGGGCCCACAAGGCUGGGCGCUCUUUGAGUGGACACCCUGUGCUGUCCCUCAGAUCCACCUGUGCCAGCCAUGCCUGUGCCCACAGAGGGCACCCCACCACCCCUGAGUGGCACCCCCAUCCCAGUCCCAGCCUACUUCCACCAUGCAGAACCUGGUUUCUCCCUCAAGAGGCCUGGAGGUCUCAGUCGGAGCCUCCCACCCCGGCCUCCUGCCAAGGGCAGCGUCCCCAUCAGCCGUCUCUUCCCUCCUCGGACCCCGCACUGGCACCAGCCUCGGCCCCGGAGCGUGUCGUUCCGAGGCGAAGCCUCUGAGACCCUGCAGAGCCCUGGGUAUGACCCAAGCCGGCCAGAGUCCUUCUUCCAGCAGAGCUUCCAGAGGCUCAGCCGCCUGGGCCAUGGGUCAUAUGGAGAGGUCUUCAAGGUACGCUCCAAGGAAGAUGGCCGGCUGUAUGCAGUGAAGCGUUCCGUGUCACCAUUCCGGGGCCCCAAGGACCGGGCCCGCAAGCUGGCUGAGGUUGGUGGCCAUGAGAAGGUGGGGCAGCACCCGCGCUGCGUGCGGCUAGAGCGAGCCUGGGAGGAGGGCGGCACCCUGUACCUGCAGACAGAGCUGUGUGGGCCGAGCCUGCAGCAGCACUGUGAGGCCUGGGGUGCCAGCCUGCCCGAGGCCCAGGUCUGGGGCUACCUGCGGGACACCCUGCUCGCCCUGGCCCACCUGCAUGGCCAAGGCCUGGUCCACCUGGAUGUCAAGCCAGCCAACAUCUUCCUGGGGCCCCGGGGCCACUGCAAGCUGGGUGACUUUGGGCUGCUGGUGGAGCUGGGUGCCUCUGGAGCCGGUGAGGCUCAGGAGGGAGACCCCCGCUACAUGGCCCCUGAGUUGUUACAGGGCAUCUAUGGGACAGCUGCAGACAUGUUCAGUCUGGGUCUUACCAUCCUGGAAGUGGCAUGCAACAUGGAGCUGCCCCAUGGCGGGGAGGGUUGGCAGCAGCUGCGCCAGGGCUAUCUGCCCUCUGAGUUCACUGCCGACCUGUCCUCUGAGCUACGUUCUGUCCUCAUCAUGAUGCUGGAACCCAACCCCAAGCUGCGAGCCACGGCUGAGGCCCUGCUGGCCCUGCCCAUGCUCAGGCAGCCACGGCCCUGGAGCAUCCUGUGGUACAUGGCUGCUGAAGCUCUGAGUCAAGGGUGGGCCCUGUGGCAGGUAAGUUGGGCUGUGGUGACGAGCUGCUUUGCCCUGGGUCCUGGGUCUGCCCAGCCCCCCUCAGCCCCUGUCCCCACAGGCCUUGCUUGCCCUGAUGUGCUGGCUCUGGCAUGGGCUGGCUCGCCCUGCCAGCUGGCUGCAGCCCCCCGGCCUGCCGGCCACCCCACCUGGCUCACCACCCUGCAGUCUCCUGGACAGGAGCCUCUCCAGCAACUGGGACAACAGCAGCAUAGGGCCCUCACUGUCUCCAGGGGCCAUCCUGGCCGGGGCUGCUGGGAGCACCUCCACCCCCCGCAGUGGCUCCCCUGUCCCCCAGGGCAGCUACUCAUUGAGGUGAGCAGGCCCAGGGGGCUGGGGGCCAGGAUAGAGUGUUUUGGAUCCUGUGUCAUUUCCCUCUUCUCUUCCCCCAUGCAGGGACACCCUAGACUUAAGUGACAUUGACUCUGAGCCCUCUCGGGGCUCCU